AUGGCUUUCUACAAUAGCUUUCGCGCCCGCUUGGGAGUAGUCCAUCUACCCCCGAUCCACGAUGGCAUGAUCGUCGUACGUCGACCAGCGAACAAUAACGAAACCGCCAUCUUCUGGACGAGCAACUACUUUCUCCCAAGCGGAAGUAGCGAGCCAAUCGCCAUGAACUAUGAAUCCUUUCUCAGCGACCUGCGGUUUCAUCUUCAGUACGAUCCCGCAUAUGAUCAUAUCCUCUUUCAUGUACCAACCCCAUACGAACUCUUUCCUUUGGACCCUGCUUUGCCUGGUGUAGAGGCUCCCCAAGAUGUGCUGCCUGUAACAUGCGUCGUCCGUGGCUAUGGCCAGUGGAUAUCAGCAUUGGUGGUGAUGCAAUCCUCCCGCUUGAUGCAGCAAUCGAACAUCGAACACGCGCUCCGGGAUGGGUUCGUCACUACGUCGGUUGGUCGUAGGACUCACCCUGUCGCUGCGACACAGUUCUUUCUUAUCCGGGGUAUAGGUAUGCUUGUUAAGAGCCAUCCAACUGACAGACGUGCUAUCUCUAAUAUUGAAAUGCAGAUGCGGAAAACUCGGACUACAACUCGAGUCAAGAGAGAGGUCGCAAUAGUAUCCGACUCUGACACAUGGCCGCGCCAAUUUUGUUUCGAAUAG